CUAAUCCGCCAAUAUGCAGCGAAGAAACCUAAAUUUGGAAACGCAGCGCUCCUGAUAAAACCCCAAAUCCCCUAAAACCCUAGUAGCCGUCACCAAGCUAGCUCUCAAACUCACAAAUCAAGCAUGUCUACCACAAGGGUGAGUCCAGAAACAAUCUCAAGUGCUGUCUCUGCUCUUCUCAAGUGGAAAGAGACCAAAUCAGCUUCAGAAAAGGCUCAGCUUUUGCCCCAAGAUGAAUUCUUUUACUUGACUCUCACUUUGAAGCAUAUUCCUCAAGAGGGUCGUCGUGUGAACCCCUACAAGAUCCCUCUGCCUCACCCUCUGGUUCAAGACUCUGAGAUUUGUUUGAUCAUUGAUGACAGACCCAAGUCUAAGCUCUCUUCAAAGGAGGCCAAGAAGAAGGUACAAGCUGAUGGGAUUAAUGUGGCUAAAGUCUUGAAAUUUAGUAAGUUGAAGACUGAUUAUAAGCCCUUUGAGGCCAAGAGGAAGUUGUGUGAUUCUUAUGAUAUGUUCUUUGCGGCGAAAGGGGUGAUCCCCCUUUUGCCGAAGUUGUUGGGGAAGAGUUUUUUUAAGAAGAAGAAGGCGCCUUUGCCGGUUGAUUUGAGUCAUAAGAAUUGGAAGGAGCAGAUUAAGAGGGCUUGUGGGUCGGGAUUGUUUUAUAUUAAGACGGGGACGUGUAGUGUGGUCAAGAUUGGGAGGCUUUCGAUGGAGGAAGGGGAGGUUGUGGAGAAUGUGGUGGAGGGGAUUAAGGGGGUUAUUGAGUUGGUUCCGAAAGGGUGGGAGGGUGUUAGGUCUUUUCAUUUGAAGUUGUCGGGGUCUCCUGGGUUGCCGUUGUAUCAGGCUGUGCCGGAUGUCAAGUUGAAGAUUGAGGGGGUUAGGGAGAGUGUUGAGGAGGGGAAUGAGAGUGAGGUUGAGGUAAAGGAGGGUGAGAAGAAAGAUGGCAGGUUGGGGAAGAACAAGAAGAAGAAAGGGAGGAUUCAUGAGGUUAAGUAUAUGGAUGUGAGUGGUGAAGAUGAAGUGGCGAGUGAUGUUGAUGAGGGUGAGAAAGAGAGUGAGAAGGUGAAUGAUGAGAGUGAACUGGAGGAGAAGACAAAGAAGAGGGGCUCGGCGAAAGAAAAGGCUAUUGGGGAAGAUAAGUCAGGCAAGAAGACUAAAAAAGCUGCUCGUGGAGGAAGAGUUGGUGCUAUUGAGGAAAAUGUGAUUAAAGAAACUGAUGAUAAGCACGAUUUGGAUGUCAAAGAAGUUGAGCUUAAGAAGAAGAGAAAGAAGGCUGAUGCUGGAGGACAGGUUGCCACAGUUAAGAAUGUGGAGAAGGAGAAGCCAGCAAAGAAAACGAAUAAGAAGGCUGACGUGAAUGAAAGACAGGUCACUACUGAUAAGAAUGUGGAGAAGCCAGCAAAGAAAACGAAAAAGAAGGCAGAUGGUGAUGAACAGGGAAAAAGUCAACUGCCUGUAUCCGCAGAAGAGUCAGCUGAAAAGAAGGGUAAGAAGAAGAGUGGUCUUGGGACAACAGUGAAGAAGGCUAAGAUUACUAAGAAGAAGUAGACUCCUGAAUAGUAAGUUGAAUGGAAUCUUGGAAGGGACUCGAGGACUUCUGGAUUGUAUUCAAUCAAGUAACAUUCCAUUUCUGGUCUUCGGCAAAUUUUGGUCAUGUAUUGUUAUUAGAUUUUCUUAUGGUUUGUUUUAUUGCUUUGUAGUUCAUGGAACAAAAAGUUAUUAGUUCAAGGUCCUGACAUUGAAGAGUUUAGGACUUUACUCA